UUUAAAAGGACAGCAUAUAAACAUAUGUUUUCAUGAAUGAAAGAGGAAAGCAAAUAUGAAAAACCGUUCCGUUUAUCGGCUUAAAACGCAGAAAAAAGAAAAGAACUUUUGAGGUUUAAUAAAAACUAGUUAUGGUUUUUGAUUUAGAUCAAGAAGAUGGCGUUGCAUCAAAUCUUAAUACUGGAAAACCCUCGGAGUCUGGCGAUCAAGACUCUACUAGUAAAUUUCCCGUGGCUGCGGUGGCAGUUUCUAUAUCACUAUGUGUUCUAUCUCUUUUGCUUCUGGUUUUUCUGUGCACCAUGAGAAGGAAGCGUAAGACAUCCAAGUACAAAGAAUAUAGCCAAGUUGCUAAGGAAUCCAUUAGACCACCAGAAUUCCCCGUAAAACCAGGUCAAAAAAUCGUUAAUCAACAAAUCAAACCAAGAUUACRAAGAGAUACCUUGCAGCUUCCUCAAAAAAUGUCAUCGGAAGAAUCAUUGACUCCACUAUCCAGUGACGAUACCUAUUAUGACGCCGAGGACAACAACGAAGGGCGGCGAUCUCCGUCGUUAUCUAGUCGGGAGCCGAGCCCAUCACGAGCUGGUGCCGAAGCUGAUAGUCAAUAUCCAUCGGAUCACAUUGGAAGAAUAUGGUUCAGUGUACAAUACGAUCAGGUGAAAGAAAAUCUAAAAGUCGUAUUAGAUAAAGCAAAACAUCUACCUUAUCGAAGCGAUUCAGGAAUUAAAUGCAACCCUUUGGUGAAGAUCUCACUCUUGCCUCAAAAUAAACAAAUCGGACAAUCAAGAUACAAAAGAAAAAACACAAAUCCGGUCUACGACGAGACGUUUUUCGUUCCUCUUCCAGCGACCCAAAUCGAGCGAUGCACACUUUGUUUUACAGCUAUUGACUGGUAUCGAGCGGAUCAACAAAAGCAAAUAGGUCAGGUGUUGUACCCUUUGAAAGAGAUGGAUUCGAAUGUGGAGAAUGACUUGGAAAAAGAUUUAACAAAAGCUAAAGAGGAAUCUGUGGAAAUAGGAAAUGUUCACAUUACGUUGUCAUACUAUCCUGCUCUUCAACGCCUUACAAUCAUCAUUCUAAGGGCUACUGGUCUCAAACAUUUGUCUCAGCGAGAUACAGAAACUUUCGUCAAAGUCUCCUUUUCCAUCGGGAACAAGAUCAUGAAAACCAAAAGAACCGCUGUCCAUAAAGAGACUAUGAGCCCCAUGUUUAACGAGGCCUUCAACUUCACGGUAACAGAGGAGGACCUUAACAAUAGUACAAUUCUAGUUUCUGUUAUGCACAGUGGUGGAGCAGCAAUGGAGGACAAACUAAUAGGGAGGAUUCUCUUAGGGGGGAGGAUGUACGCUAGAGGAAGAGAGUGCGAUCAUUGGAUGGAAAUGAUGUCCAACCACAGAAAAAUGGUUAAAUGCUGGCAUGAGUUACAUGCGUAAAAGUUUAUUUCUUUUGUCAAGUAUUAUUAUUGUAGGUAAAGUAUUCAAUAUUUUUAAAGGUUAACAGUGGAAACAAAUAAAGUAUUUUGGCGUCUAAUUUACUC